AGGGGGGAAGAAAUUGAUGUGAUUAAGAAGAGGCCGCGUAGUUGCCUCUUCUUGCUUUAAAAAUUAGUCAUCCUUACUUCUUUUCUUUCUCCUCUCAACUAAAGAAAAACCUAAACCCCUUUCUCUCUCUCUCUCUCUCUCUCUUUUUCCUCCAUUAACAACACCAUUCCUUAACCUUUCCUAAGGUAUUUCUUCUCUCUUCUAUUUCCAUUUCCACUACAAAUAUUCUAUCAAUUCUAUUCAUCUUACGCCUUCUCUAUUCUGGAUUCAUUUCUUCAAAUGGAAAUGGAUAUGGAUCCCAUUUCUUCUAAUCUCCAACACCUCACCAGUUCCCAUUUCACCGAGGACCACCGUCCUACUAAACGCCGAAAAAUCCAAUCCCCCGAGAUUUCCGUUGAUGAAUCCGCAGAUUCGAGAACACGGUGGACAACAGAGUCGGAGCACCGGAUUUACUCUUCCAAACUAGUCGAUGCUCUUCAUCGAGUAACUGCUCACAAAUCUACCUCCCUUCCAUCCAGAUCCUCGAUCGACGGCCGGAAAGUUCGCGAGACGGCGGACCGAGUUCUCGCCGUCGCUGCCAAAGGUAAGACUCGCUGGAGCAGAGCAAUUCUCACGAAUCCACGGCUCCAACGCAAACUCAAGAAGCAGAAAAAGGUGAAGGCGGUCGGAAACUGUAGUCGGGCGAAGAAAUUGAAAAUUAAGUAUGAGACGAGAAAAUUGCCGACGGUGCAGAGGAAAGUUCGGACUCUCGGCCGCCUUGUUCCCGGGUGCCGGAAAAUAUCGUUUCCGAAUCUUCUUGAAGAAGCGUCGGAUUACAUCUCCGCUCUACAGAUGCAGGUUCGGGCCAUGACAGCCGUGGCCGAGCUUCUGGGCGGCGCUCCGGUUGAUCGUCAAAGUUUGAGAACGAAUUCGUAGAAGCCACUCCCCAAGGCUUGUAAUGCCAGCAGGUGUUUUCUUUUUUUCUUUUUUCUUUUUUUUCUUUUUCCCCCUUUUUUUUAUAUAUAUAUAUAAUCUUUUUUCUUUUCACGAAUAUUAUUAUUCGUGUAUUGUUAUGAAAUAUUUUAUUGUACACAUUUUUAAUCUUCA